GUCCAACUCAUGAAACACCCUAAGGCUUUCUGGGCAAGAUUGAUUGACACAAAUCCCGCCCGGCUUGUGACUCUCCUCACGACUUGGCGGUCUGACACUCCCGGGCGCACUAUAUACGGCGACGACAAAGAGAACAUUAGCAUCGCCCUCAAUGCGGUUCUCGACGCUGCCAAAGUGCCUGCGGGUAUUCGAUGGCGGCGCCUCGUGAGAGCAGGCAUCACAGCGGAGAUAUGUGGUUGCAUUAUCAGAUCUCCAGAGAGCGAAAUGUGUAUUGAACUUGAAGGCGAGGAUGGUAAAGAGCCACCGUCAUCGUGGUUUCCGUUCCUCCACCUCCUGUUGCAAGGAUCCGACAAUAUGCUGAAGCACCCUGAUCCCACGAACAAGACUUUUGCAUCCUCUAUCAAAGAGUCUUGGACAGACAUCACCAAACGACUAUUCGAUGCCCCCGAAAAUGCUUUGAAUCCGGAUCCUCGCUCCAUGGGUGAGAGGCUGGUCUUUAUCGAGUUGUUAAACGAUAUGCUUCAACACGAUCCUACGCUUUUAAGUGUUAUAGAUGACCCCAACGACUUCACAGUACCUGUUCUCACUUUAUUCAUCACCCAUUCGACCGCGAAAGAAGAUUUCUAUCAUUGCGUCUCUGCGCUUACAUCUCUCAUCGUCCCGUCGAAUCGCGGGGCAUACGAUAGCCAUCGUGCCUUCCGGGCUCCUGCCCAUUUUAUGGAACGAAUUCGGUAUGGGAUGAAGGACCGUUCAUUCUCAGUUUUCCUCUCCUGCAUCACGGCUGCCCCGCUCUCAUCAUCCUGCAUCUACCUGAAAAGGUCUAUCAAGCUGGUAUGGUUACUAGCUCUGCAGGUGGGCUGGGCAACCAGCGCACCACUCGCGGACACGGAGUACAUGUAUGCUCUACUACGCGCACAACUAUUCUGGAUCCAUAUCAUCUCCGCUAUCGCAAAUCCAGGAUAUCUUCAGGAUAAAGGGACAAGCGGACACAUCCCGAACAACCUUUUUGAAGAUAUCAUCCGAUUGAUCUCCGUUUGCUUGUCGUAUACCAGCCAGCUGGCUCAUGAUCGACAAGGAGGGGGGAGCACAACGAUAUGCGAGGACUACAUGAAAGUUCUCGUUCGUGCUGAUAUAUUCUACGCUAUGGAACGUGCCUUGCUUUCGAAGAUGGAGACACACGACAUCGUCGCAGGUCAUAUAGGAAUGCUUCUAAACGAAAUUCAAAGCCACGUCGAAAUGUUGCCAGGCAUUCUCCCCGUCGUCCGUCGCCAGCUUCCCCGUCCACGAUUCAUGCGAGCUUGCCUCGACAUAGCGUUCGCACCCAAUAGUUUUCUUCGACAUUGGGCAAACAACAACCGGGACGCUUACGGGUCCAUUCCGACUAUCCGUGGAGCAUGGAUGUGGCUUGAUGUCAUUGACAAAAGGUCACGAGUCGUUGGGCAUUGUAUGAAACGUGGUUGUAAGAAAUGGCGGCAUGGAAGAUGCAAGUCAUGCCAUACGGUCGAUUAUUGCAGCGUGGAGUGUCAGGCGCAGUCAGUCUUCGCUUUUCGUCACCUCCUGGUUAGGCAUCUGAUCGCACCUCCAUAGAGACUGGCCAGAGCACCGAUUUAUAUGUGGUUUCAAGGAUAUACCAGGACCAAGAAAUCUC